AUGUCACUUAUCGCCAGGAAGGUCGUCCUGCCUGCUCUCGCAGUCGCAGGAAUCGCCCUCCUGACCCCUGCCAUGUACCGCGACUAUCGCAUCUUCAUGUCCUACGGACCUGGUGGGAUUCCCUACAAUAUCCUCGGCUGGUUCGCCUCCAACGUCGUCCUCGGCCCGUUCGGAAAGGAGAUGUUGUCAACAGAAAUAUACGAUCGUCACAUCCAGGCGGGUCACAGAACGAGUCAUCUAUCCAGUGUCCCUGUGAAAGCUAGGGAGCGGCCCGUUGUGGGCCCGCAUGCGGUGCCACAGAGACAGUUAACAGAGUUCCCAAACGGAUCAAUCAAGGAGAAACUGAUCCAGGAGUUCGUCGCAUUCGUCGCCCGUAACCCUCAUUUGGUCAGGAUGGCCAAUUCAGGACUAGAGUUACACGCCGAUGCACUCUUUGUAGCUGAGACCUUACCAGAGGGUCCCACGCUCCAAGAGACAAACGGCGAGAUUGCACACAUCCAUCGGUUGAAGGACUCAUCGGUCCAUGUUACAUUGGCACCGGCAGAUUGUAAGAAGGUUAUUGAGUCUGGAUGGGGACAACGUCAUGCUCUAUCUGGCGUCAGUGUUCCCCGAGCCCUGACACUAGGGCGAAAGAUUGCGCUACCGGCCGAAUACGUCCUCAUCUAUGCACCCCGAACAGAAGAGGAAGUCGCCUUCGUGAUGGAGGUCAUUGGCGCGAGUGUCAAGUAUAUGACUGGUUCAGACGGAGUCAACUAA